ACUCAUCUUCUCUACGUUGGCUGCUCUAGCGCCCCCUUUAUGGCAACUGUAUACCGGACAUUCUGUCCACAUCAGGAAGAGGAGAGGCACAUUGAGAGACCGAGAGAGGAGCAGUAAUCUGUUACAUGUGAAGGAAUGGUGUAUGUUGAGCUAAAAACACCUCUGCGACGUGAAGUAUUCGGUAAUAUUUUGACACUGAUGCUACUGCGCUGGAGCAACUAGGAGUUUUAUGAAAUGCGUUGAAUGAAUGUGGAAUUGUUAGCUGCUACUGCAAAGCUGUCAACAGCGAUAUUUAUGCAUUGCACAAUAACUGAUGGGUUCAAGAUAGAGACGGCAACAUGCGGAGCCGCAGUAACUCAGGUGUGAAACUCGAUGGAUUCGCCAGGCUCGUUCAUGAGACUAUUCUAUGUCACCAGAACCCAGUAACAGGCCUGUUGCCCUGCAGUGUCCAGCUGCCAGAUGCCUGGGUGCGUGACAAUGUCUACAGCAUCCUGGCGGUGUGGGGUCUGGGGAUGGCCUACAGGAAGAACGCUGACCGGGAUGAGGACAAGGCCAAGGCCUACGAACUGGAGCAGAGUGUUGUCAAGCUGAUGCAAGGGCUGCUCCAGUGUAUGAUGCGCCAGGUGGCCAAGGUGGAGAAGUUUAAACACACCCAGAGCCCCAAGGACUGUCUGCACGCCAAGUACCACACCCCCACCUGUGCUACCGUGGUGGGGGACGAUCAGUGGGGACACCUGCAGGUUGAUGCCACCUCUCUGUACCUGCUGGUUUUGGCUCAGAUGACUGCCUCAGGUCUUCGUAUCAUAUCAACCCUGCAUGAAGUGGCUUUUAUCCAGAACCUGGUCUUCUACAUUGAGGCUGCUUAUAAAGUUGCGGAUUAUGGGAUGUGGGAGCGAGGGGACAAGACCAAUCAGGGGAUCCCAGAACUGAACGCCAGCUCUGUGGGGAUGGCCAAGGCUGCAUUGGAGGCCAUUGAUGAGCUGGACCUCUUUGGGGCUCAUGGAGGACCCAAAUCUGUCAUUCACGUUUUGCCGGACGAGGUGGAGCACUGCCAGGCUAUCCUGUGCUCCAUGCUGCCACGAGCCUCCACCUCUAAAGAGAUCGAUGCUGGUCUCCUGUCAAUCAUCUCCUUCCCUGCCUUCGCUGUGGAGGAUGCAGACCUGGUCACCAUCACUAAGACUGAGAUCAUAUCCAGGCUACAGGGACGCUAUGGCUGCUGCCGUUUCAUCAGAGAUGGAUACAGAUGCCCAAGAGAGGACCCGUCCCGUCUCCACUACGACCCGGCUGAACUCAAACUGUUUGAGAAUAUAGAAUGUGAAUGGCCAGUGUUCUGGACCUACCUCAUUCUGGACGGCAUCUUCAGCGGAGACCUAGUACAGGUGCAGGAGUACAGAGAUGCUCUGGAAGAAGUCCUGAUCAGAGGGAAGCCCGGGAUCCGCCUGAUGCCUGAGCUCUACGCUGUCCCACCUGAAAAGAUGGAGGAAGAGUACGGGAACCCUCACUCCGUGGACAGAGUGGCUAUGGGUCAGUUACCUCACAUGUGGGGACAGUCCCUCUACAUUGUUAGUUCUCUGCUGGCUGAGGGAUUCCUCGCCCCUGGAGAGAUCGACCCUCUCAACAGGCGAUUCUCCACCAAUUUCAAGCCGGACGUAGUUGUACAAGUGUGUGUGUUAGCGGAGUCGAAGGAGAUCCAGGAGCUGCUGAAGAACGAUGAAAUAGAGGUCCAGACCAUCGCUGAGGUCCAGCCCAUCAGGGUCAUGCCUGCUCGCAUCCUCAGCCAUGUCUACGUCAAACUGGGAAACUGCAAGAAGUUGAAUCUGAGCGGGAGGCCAUACAGGCACAUUGGAGUUCUGGGAACCUCGAAAUUCUACGAGAUCCGGAACCGUACCUACACAUUCACCCCUCAGUUCCUGGACCAGCAUCACUUCUACCUGGCUCUGGACAACCAGAUGAUAGUGGAGAUGCUAAGGACGGAGCUGUCCUAUCUCUCCUCCUCCUGGAGGAUGACCGGACGCCCUACCCUGACCUUCCCCAUCACACACAGCAUGCUGGUGGAUGAUGGUGAGAGCAUCGACCCGUGUAUUCUGUCCACUCUGAGGAAGCUGCACGAUGGAUACUUUGGAGGGGCAAGGGUUCAGAUGGCAAACAUCUCCAGCUUCCAGACUACCUCGUUCCACACAGAGCUCAGCUUCCUCGACGGAGACACCGAUGACGACCUGCUGGAGAAUGAAGAAGAUGAGGAAGACGAAGAAGAAAGUUAUGUCCCCUCAGGCAGCUCCAAGGACAUGUUUGACCACUACCUCAGCCAGCUGAUGCAGAGCACAGCCACCAAGUGUCAUCUCCCUCCCAUCCAGAGGGGGCAGCACCACGUGUUUAGUGCUGAACACACCACCAGAGACAUCCUCUCCUUCAUGGCCCAGGUCCAAGGCCUCAACAUGCCCAAGGCCUCCAUGUAUCUUCCCAUGACUCCCAUCAUGAACAAGCACCGUAAAUCCCUCAACCUACUGCACGUGUCCCAGCUCACACCGCUCCAUCCACACCACCACCACACGCCACAUCAACAACAGCCCAAGGUCAGUUCAUCUACGACAACAACCCACCACACGCCACAUCAACAACAGCCCAAGGUCAGUUCAUCUACGACAACAACCCACCACACGCCACAUCAACAACAGCCCAAGGUCAGUUCGUCUACGACAACAACCCACCACACACCACAUCAACAACAGCCCAAGGUCAGUUCGUCUACGACAACAACCCACCACACGCCACAUCAACAACAGCCCAAGGUCAGUUCAUCUACGCCAACAACCCACCACACACCACAUCAACAACAGCCCAAGGUCAGUUCGUCUACGACAACAACCCACCACACGCCACAUCAACAACAGCCCAAGGUCAGUUCAUCUACGCCAACAACCCACCACACGCCACAUCAACAACAGCCCAAGGUCAGUUCGUCUACGACAACAACCCACCACACACCACAUCAACAACAGCCCAAGGUCAGUUCAUCUACGCCAACAACCCACCACACACCACAUCAACAACAGCCCAAGGUCAGUUUGUCUACGACAACAACCCACCACACACCACAUCAACAACAGCCCAAGGUCAGUUCGUCUACGACAACAACCCACCACACGCCACAUCAACAACAGCCCAAGGUCAGUUCAUCUACGCCAACAACCCACCACACACCACAUCAACAACAGCCCAAGGUCAGUUCGUCUACGACAACAACCCACCACACGCCACAUCAACAACAGCCCAAGGUCAGUUCAUCUACGCCAACAACCCACCACACGCCACAUCAACAACAGCCCAAGGUCAGUUCGUCUACGACAACAACCCACCACACACCACAUCAACAACAGCCCAAGGUCAGUUCAUCUACGCCAACAACCCACCACACACCACAUCAACAACAGCCCAAGGUCAGUUUGUCUACGACAACAACCCACCACACACCACAUCAACAACAGCCCAAGGUCAGUUCGGCUACGACAACAACCCACCACACACCACAUCAACAACAGCCCAAGGCCCCCAGUAUUGCAGACCUCCACCUGCCGAGAGACUCCCAGGGUAACACAGACUUUGGGUCUCUGGUGAGACAGUUGAAGGAGUGUCCCACACUGCAGGACCAGGCAGACAUACUAUAUAUCCUCUGUGUGAUGAAAGGUGCUGAUUGGCUGGUGGACGUGGGGGGUCAGGGCGGGGUCAGUGUGAGGUGUCUCCUGGAGGAGCUGUAUGCCCAGGCCGGGGCCAACAAGGAGUGGGGUCUGAUCAGAUACAUCUCUGGUAUCCUGAGGAAGAGAGUGGAGGUGCUGGCUGAGGCCUGUACAGAUCUCAUCUCCCACCACAAGCAGCUGACAGUGGGGUUACCACCGGAGCCCAGGGAGAAAGUCAUCUCAGCGCCUCUUCCUCCAGAAGAACUCAACUCUCUGAUCUAUGAGGCCAGUGGGCAGGACAUCAGCAUCGCUGUGCUCACUCAGGAGAUCAUGGUGUACCUGGCCAUGUACGUCCGCUCCCAGCCGGCUCUGUUUGGGGACAUGCUGCGUCUCCGAAUCGGACUCAUCAUGCAGGUGAUGGCUACAGAGCUGGCCCGCAGUCUUCACUGCUCAGGGGAGGAGGCCUCUGAGAGCCUGAUGAACUUGAGUCCAUCAGACAUGAAGAACCUGCUACACCACAUCCUCAGUGGGAAGGAGUUUGGGGUGGAGAGGAGCAUGCGUCCUAUGCAGUCCUCGGCCACCAGCCCGGCUGUCUCCAUCCAUGAGCUGGGUCACACUGGGGCCACUAAGACGGAGCGCACCGGCAUCCGCAAGCUGAAGCGUGAGAUCAAACAGUUGGAUGACUCGUCUCGUCCGAUCAGCAUGAGUAACAGUGGCUAUUCCAUCAGCAGCAACGUCACCUCUCCCCGUUCCACGCGGUGCAGCAGCCCCUCCACCCCCAGUGGUAUCCUGUCCCCUGUAGGCCCCGGGGGGUCAGACAGCCACCUGCAGUGGGAGGAGCGGCAGGGCCAGUGGCUGAGGAGGAGACGGCUGGAUGGGGCCAUCAACAGGGUCCCAAUGGGCUUCUACCAGAAGGUGUGGAAGAUCCUGCAGAAGUGCCACGGCCUGUCUAUAGAUGGAUACGUGCUGCCUUCCUCCACUACCAGAGAGAUGACAGAAGGCGAGAUCAAGUUUGCGGUGCACGUGGAGUCUGUUCUGAACCACGUCCCCCAGCCAGAGUACCGACAGCUGCUGGUGGAGGCUGUGAUGGUGCUGACGCUGGUGGCUGACAUGGAUGUGGACAACAUCGGAGGAAUCAUCCUGAUCGACCGCAUCGUACACAUGGCCAAUGACCUCUUCUUACAGGACCAGAGGACCCAUGGAGCCAACGAGUACUUCCUGGAGAAGGAUCCAGCCACGGGGAUAUGUCACUUCUUCUAUGACAGCGCCCCUAGUGGCAGCUACGGUACCAUGACCUACCUCUCCAAGGCUGUGGUCACAUACCUACAAGACUUCCUGCCACAGUCUACCUGUCUCAUGCAAUGAGGUAUCAGACUGGGUUUGAUGUAGAGCACUCUCCCUGGCCUCGCAGGCAGCUAUCAAGAGAGUCUAGUUAUGUAAUAUAUUAUAGUGUGGAACGAAAUACUACUGCCUAGUUCCAAUUCUCCCCAAGUGUACACUCGUUCACUCCCAUUCAAGGAUCAUUUAAAAUCAUUGGAUUGAAAUCUUGAAGUGAAUGAGUGCACACUUCAGAGAGAAGGGGGUGAACUAGACUUAGGUAGGAAGUUGGAUGGGGAUUGACCUAUGACCUAUGACUAAGAUAUUCACAACACACUCUACUCAAAGGAGUUUUUAUUGCAGCUAAUUGAUUGAUUAUAAUCAAUAAUAUAGCAGGUUUAAAAUGAAAUAUAUAAUUAAUUAUAAUUAAAUAUAUGUUUGUUUUUCAUUUUAAGUGUUGGACGACACGCGGUACUAAAAUUAUUUAUAAUUUUAACAUUUAAUAUAUACGUGUAAAUCAGUUGUUUUAAAACAAUCUAAUAUGAUAUAAUGAGUGUAUUUGACCUAACCCUCCUCUAUUGUAUCAGUCUCACCCUGUGUUGUGGGGUUAUAAACCUAUCCAGAAGUUACUAUGUUAUCCUGUGUUGAAGUACUGCAGCUGACAUCCCACUGUACAACGACAUUUACCUCUCAUGUUAUCUGAGGUGUGGCUCAUCAUCACCACUGUAUGUGUCACAAAUACUGUGCAUUUAUCCAUAUGUACCCGGAGCAUGUCAGCAAUGCCUUCAUAGCUGCUAAUGUGUAUGUGAAUGUUUGUCUGUGAAGUCAAAAUAAUGACAAUGUGAUUAUAUAUAUAACAUGGUUGAAUCAGUCCAACAGUGGUUCAUGCCAUAUUUCAGCCUUUUCCCUGUAGUCAUUCAGUACAACACUGUGUGUUAGACAUUAGCAUCCUAGCAGGCUUACAGUUGAGACCAUAAGGGAAGGGAGAAUCUGUUCUGCAGUUAAGGACGACUUGAGGCUGAAACAGUUCUGUUUUUGUGUCUAACUUUAUUUUAUAUAUUUAAAAAGAGACUAUAAAUAUAGUGGAUACAUAGAAAUAAUGUAUUUUUAACAAAGUACCAUGACUGUUUAUAUAACAGACUAAAGUACAAUUAACAUGACCAUGUUAUAAGUCUGCAGUUGAGGACAUUUUGAAGGGGAUCAAUUCUACUAAUCUAUUAUCACAGUGUCUACCACCAUGUUUUCAAUAUGUUUUUACUCAUUCAUUCACACUACCUUGUAAAACAACAUGUAAUCAUUUGAGGGAAAUAUAUUUAAAUGGCAUCAAUUAAAUCCCUAAACUAA